CCCCAGAGGAAGGCAGACUCUGGCCCCGCCCUCCAGUUUGAGAUUGGCCAGUCGUGCUCAAACCUAGGCGAAGGGAUUAUUGAGCUCGAGCUAACUCUGUAAGAGCAUCCAGUCAACGUCCUUUAGACGGAUUAAGGACGGUGUCCCCAUCUCUACUGCCAUGGCCUUUUCUUCUGUCCUGAGACAGGGCCGAGGGGCAGUGUUGAAGACCACAGAACUAAAAGCAUGGGGGCUUCGAGAAUUUGCUUCAACAGUUUUUCUCUCUGCAAAAUCAGGAGACAGUGAAAAGGAAAAACAAAAGAAGGCUAAAACGAAACCACCACCAGAAAAUGUAGUGACACCAAAGGAAGGGGUCAAGCUAUUAACAAGAGCUGAAUUUCCUAAAAAAUUAUCAUCACCUAAUUCUUUUCCAUCAGCUGUGAAUAAAGACAAGAUCAUAGUUAAUAUUAACUCUAAUGACAUCAAACAACAGACAGAUGAUGAAGAAAGUGGGAAACUUUUGCCAGUAAAGACUACAGUAAAAUUUCCUCAAAAAGUUGCAGCUUCAUUCAGAGCCAAGGAUACUUACUUAGUAAAUCGCCAAAAGAUCCAGAAACCAGCUGAAGUUGAUUUAGCAUCCUCUUCAUCUGACUCAGAUUCUGACAUAGAAGAUAGUAUCUCUGAAAUUGUCUUGAAACCUCAGAUUGCCAUCAGAACGAAAGGAGACCUUCCACAAGGAGAUGCUUUUGAGACUAAGACCCAAAGAAAUUUGAAAUUAACCGAGAAGACUCACUUCCAGAAAGCACACAUGGACUCUUCACAGGUGGAGAAACCUCAUAAAUCAGAGACGAAAUUCAUUGUUGAGCCAUCAGAAGCCUAUAAAGAGCCUAAUAUGCCUAAAUCAGAAGUAAUAGAUUCUUUCAGAGAGCAAAGUACAAAAGAAGCACAUUUGCAGAAUUCUUUAUUUAAGGUGAAUGAAAUGACUAAAAAACCCCAAAAGGUAAUUGAAAUUCAUAGAAAGUUAUCUGACCAAAUGGAAGAUGGAUCAUCAACCCAGUCAGAUCUGGGAACAAAAUUGUUGAUAACAAAGGAAGAAAACAGGGAAGAGAAGCCAACAGUUACUGAUUUUACAAGAGAUCAUUUAAAGAACAAAGACAUUUUGGAGGAACCCAUCCUAAACUUGGAAGCAUCUCUUCCUCAGACCAAAGAAGACAUCUUAGAGGAAAAUGUGUCUACAGGAAUUAGUGGUACAAAGGAAGAAGACAUAGAAGCCUUACAAGGGGUAGCAGUGAAAUUGAAAAAUCAAGUCAACAUACCGGAGAGAGAAAGUGCUGAGGCAUUUGAUAAUUCUACCUACAAGAACCUUCAACAUCAUAACUACAACAGUUACACCUUCUUAGAUUUUAACCUGGAUCUUUUGAAAUUUAGAUUGCCUCAGCCAUCCUCAGGACGAGAAUCACCUAGACACUGAAUUAAAAGAAAAAUUUCAAGUUUCUCUGUGAUUCAACUUGUGAGUUGCUGCAUUUUCUCCUCCAUAAAUAAAAUCAAUUCAACAGUAA